CACCAGAGCAUUUUUUUUUUAACCGAGACAUAAUCUGUAGAACAACACAUGGACAAAUUCCGCACAGAAUAACAGAUUACUCCACAUAGCAUAAACAUCUCUUCAAGUUCACGAGUAGCCAACUCUAAAGCAAGCCUCCUGAAGCGCAUCAUAGGAUGUUAAUAUAUAAAAUAGCAGGCAUCAGAGGUGCCUGGAUACAGUGGUUCAUAUGCACCCUUCUUUCACUUCUUCAUGGAGUAAUAUCCGAAACCGGUAGAGCACUGGAUAUAAUGAAAAAAUAUCCACUGAUUGAUGGACACAAUGACCUGGCAUUACGUCUGAGAAUGUACCAUAAUAACAAACUGAGCACUUUCAAUAUGCACAACAAUUCUAAGGUGGCUACAGAUAUUAAUCGCCUCACUGCUGGCCAUGUUGGAGGACAGGUUUUUGCGGCAUACGUGAUGUGCACGGCUCAGGAUAAAGACGCUGUCAGACUGACCCUGGAACAGAUUGAUGUAAUACGCCGUAUGUGUACUGAAAACCCACAGAUGGAACUGGUCACCACAGCAGAAGGAAUGAAGAAUAGUACAAAAAUCGCAUGUCUAAUCAGUAUAGAGGGAGGCCACUCCAUCGACAGCAGUUUAGCAGCACUACGCAUGUUCUACCAGCUUGGAGUAAGAUCCAUGGCCCUCACACACAACUGCAACACCCCAUGGGCUGGGAGCUCAUCUAGUUAUUACAAAUAUUACCAGCAGAAUAAUAACAGGCUGACAGAUUUUGGCAAGGCAGUGGUGAAUGAAAUGAACAGGUUGGGAAUGCUGGUUGAUCUGUCCCAUAGCUCAUGGGAGACAGCCAGAGCUGUGCUGAAACAUUCCACUGCCCCGGUUGUUUUCACCCACUCUUCAGCCUAUGCUAUCUGUAACAAUAUUCGCAAUGUACCGGACGACCAGCUGCUGCUGCUGAAAGAAAACGGCGGGCUUAUCAUGGUGAACUUCUACAGCACAUUUGUAGCAUGUUCAAAUAACACAACCGUGUCUGUUGUGGCUGAUCAUUUCGAUCAUCUAAAGCAGGUGAUUGGAGCUGAAAGCAUCGGGAUUGGAGCAGACUUUGAUGGGGCACAAGGAUUCCCUAAAGGCCUGGAGGAUGUUUCCAAAUAUCCAGCAUUAAUUGAGGAGCUGAUAAAAAGGAACUGGACUGAGGAAGAGCUGGCAGGAGUGCUAAGACUGAACUUCCUCAGAGUGUUCCGAAAGGUUGAGAAGGUACGUGAUGAUAUGCUGCACAUUUUACCCAGUGAAGCUGAGAUCUCACUUUCAGAAGUAAACCAGAGCUGUCGUGUGAAGCUGGUCCAUCCAGGCAGGCCUGAAAGUAGCCAUCGAAAUGGAAACGCUCCAUUAAUGCCUGUGAAAGCAUUAAUCUGCUUCAUAUUACUUCUGAUGCACUCACAGUAAUCUAAUAAUGAAUCAUCCAGAGACAGUAUACAAAUUACAAGUUUCCCACAGACUGCUUAGCCAACACUUGAUUUUAAAUCUCAACAAGACCAGGAGUAUAUACACACACACACACACACACACACACACACACACACACAGUAUAUACACACACACACACACACACACACACACACACACACAAGUAAUCAUACCUCAAAGUGCUCAAAUGUAAAGAUGAAUAUUUUGGAAGCACCAGAGAGUCACAGUUUAUACUUAGAUUUAUCUGCGGAUGACACAGUCUUUCGAUAAUAUUGUAUUCAUUUAUUAUAGAAGGAAAAAAUACUCAUCAACUUAAUGCAAUACCACCUGUUUUUUCUGUCUACUUUUUUGUCAAUCAACGAGGUGUGCAGUAAGAGGCUGUCUUCUCUGAGGCAAAACUAAGAUCAUAUAAUACAUGUAGCAUGUUCUGCAGUUCAUAGUGCACUUUAUUGUAACUUUUUUCAUAUUCUUAGUUUUAAAAUAAUUUUGUAUUAAUACUGUACAUAAAAGUCAAUCGCAUAUUUCAUUUUAGUUAAAUCUCUCUCUCUUUGACAUGAAACACUGAACAGACGUAACACUAUACAACCAGUUACAGAUCAUCACCUUUAUAUACCAGAUAUAAAUGUUGUUAGUCAAUAGAGUUUUCCAUAUUUUCUGCUAUUUGUAUAACAAAUGUAUGUAACACAUUUCUUUACAGUAAUCAUGUCCUAAAAAUAAUAAAGUCUAUUGGUAUCCAAAA